AUGGACAACCUUAUUGAGGGUCUUCUGAGAUUGGAGUACAGAGGCUACGACUCGACCGGUAUUGCCGUUGACGGUAAAGAAAAGGGUGAAAACUACAUUAUCAAAACCCCAGGUAAAGUCAAGGUUUUGAAAGAAGUCAUUGUGAAGCAAAACAUCGACAGAGACCAGGUUUUCGAUAACCACGUUGGAAUUGCCCACACCAGAUGGGCCACCCACGGUCAGCCACAGAUUCAAAACUGCCAUCCUCACAGAUCUGACCCUACAGGCGAGUUUAUCAUUGUUCACAAUGGUAUCAUCACCAACUACAGAGAGUUGAAGACAUUGUUAUUGUCUAAAGGCUUUGUGUUUGAAUCGGAAACAGACACCGAGUGCAUUGCCAAGUUGUUCAAGCACAUUUACGACACCAACGCCAAGCUGGGCAUCUACUUGGACUUUAAUGAGUUGACUAAGCAAGUGUUGUACGAGUUGGAAGGUUCUUACGGUUUGUUGGUCAAAUCCACCCAUUUCCCAGGCGAGGUGUGUGGAACCAGAAAGGGUUCGCCAUUGUUAGUUGGUGUCAAGACCGAAAAGAAGUUGAAGGUUGAUUUUGUGGACAUUGAGUUCCCAGAAAACCAGGAUGGUUUUGCCAACAACCAGUCUGUAGCAGGCCCUGAGUCUAACUUGAGAACCUCUCAAUCGAGAGCCUUUUUCGCCGAAGACGGUCUUCCUUCGCCAGUCGAGUUUUUCUUGUCCUCGGACCCAGCAUCGGUGAUCCAGCACACCAAGAAGGUUUUGUUCUUGGAGGACGAUGACAUUGCACACAUUUACGAUGGCGAAUUGCACAUCCACCGUGCCAAGAAGUCUAUUGCCGGCGAGUCGACCGUGAGACCUAUCCAAACUUUGGAGAUGGAAUUAAAUGAGAUCAUGAAGGGCCCAUACAAGCAUUUUAUGCAGAAGGAGAUUUUCGAGCAGCCAGAUUCCACUUUCAACACCAUGAGAGGCCGUCUUGAUUUUGAAAACAAUACUGUUAACUUGGGUGGCUUGAAACAAUGGUUGCCCACCAUUAGAAGAUGCAGAAGAAUCAUCAUGAUUGCAUGUGGAACUUCGUACCACUCGUGUUUGGCCACGAGAUCUUCUUUUGAAGAAUUGACCGACAUCCCUGUGUCCGUUGAGUUGGCUUCGGACUUUUUGGACAGAAAGUCCCCAGUUUUCCGUGACGACACAUGUAUUUUUGUUUCUCAGUCGGGAGAAACGGCUGACUCGAUGAUGGCCUUGCAAUACUGUUUGGACAGAGGAGCUUUAACUGUGGGUGUCGUGAACUCUGUGGGAUCGAGCAUGUCGAGACAAACACACUGUGGUGUGCACAUCAAUGCUGGACCAGAGAUUGGUGUUGCUUCGACUAAGGCGUACACCUCUCAGUACAUUGCAUUGGUGAUGAUUGCUCUUUCGUUAUCUAACGAUUCCAUCUCCAAGAGACAACGCCAUGUGGAGAUCAUCCAGGGCUUGAAGAAGGUUCCUGAGCAGAUCAAAAAGGUGUUGGACUUGGAGGACAAGAUCAAGGAGUUGUGUGCUGAAUUCUUGGACAAGCAAAAGUCCUUGUUGUUAUUGGGCCGUGGAUUCCAGUUUGCCACAGCCUUGGAAGGUGCGUUGAAGAUUAAGGAAAUUUCGUACAUGCACUCGGAAGGUGUUUUGGCUGGUGAAUUGAAACACGGUGUUUUGGCCUUGGUUGACGGAGAAUUGCCCAUUAUUGCAUUUGCUACUAGAGACUCUUUGUUCCCCAAGGUGAUGUCUGCCAUCGAGCAAGUUACUGCGCGUGGAGGUAGACCAAUUGUCAUUUGUAAUGAGGGUGAUGAUGUGAUGAGUGACAAGGCGUACGCCACUUUGCAUGUUCCAUUAACUGUCGACUGUUUGCAAGGCUUGUUGAAUGUGAUUCCCUUGCAGUUGAUGAGUUACUGGUUGGCGGUCAACAGAGGCAUUGAUGUUGACUUCCCUCGUAACUUGGCGAAGUCGGUUACUGUCGAGUAG